UACUACAACUGAGAAUUCAGUUUCAUUCCUAAAGUGCUUCCGUUAAGACGCAAAUUUCAAAAUUGUAUGAAAAUUAAUAAAAAUUGGGUGUGCGUAAAAUAUUUCGGCUGCCAAAAACAAGUGCAAAAAGAAAAUAAAUUAGAAAAAAUAUCUAAUAUAUAUAUAAAUAAAUAUACACAAAAAAAGUUUAAGCAAAUUUUUGGCUAUAAUUUUUUGAAGUUAAUUAAGGGAGAACAAUUUAAACUACGUUAAUGAAAAUAACAAUUGUUUAAAUAAUUAAAAUAAAAUCAAGUUAAAUUAAAACUAAAAGUUACUCUAACUUUUCUUAUAAAAGAUAAAAAAGCGUGUUUGAAAUUUUAAUAUUAGAUAAAAAAGUUUGUACGAACACAUUAAAUAAAUACAUGUGUUUUGAAAAAUAAAUAAAAUUAAACAUAAAAAAAUAAAAAUAAACCGCAAAGUGGAAUAAAAAGAAAGUAAAACAACAGCAAAAUUGUGUGUUCUUUUAAAUAAACAAAUUUGUGGAAUCUUUUAUUUAGUGAUAAAAUUAUUAAAAAAUGUCUUGUCAAAACGGUCACAGUGAACCCAUAAAUAUUCAAACGAAUGGUAAUGGUAGCGCACACACGAAUAUAGAUGAAACCGAUGAUAGGGGACUUUCUAUGAAUGUGAGAUUAACAACAACCUCCUCUAUAGACCACCCACCAGUACCACCAUCACCCACAAAAAGUUCUUCUCUUAAACGUAAUACAAGUCAGGGAAAUCUAAUGCCGGCCGAAACUAAAGAGACCAGAGUUAAGGUUAUUUAUACGGGAGGCACCAUAGGAAUGGUGAGAAAUGAAAGAAAUGUUUUAGCCCCUAUACCCAAUGCUUUGGUAAAACGUAUACGCAAAUAUCCCAAUAUGCAUGAUGAGGAAUAUGCUCAGAAAAGAUUUGGUCAGUCGGCCUCUAUGGCCCCAUUGGUUUUACCCUAUGUGCAGGGUGAAAGUAAUCGUGUUAUUUAUCAAAUAACAGAAUAUAAACCUCUGUUGGAUUCUAGCAAUAUGACCAUGUACGAUUGGGCUAGAAUAGCCAAUGAUAUUUAUCAAUCCUAUGAAUUCUUUGAUGGCUUUGUGGUUUUACAUGGCACCGAUACCUUAUCCUAUACUGCUUCAGCCUUAUCAUUUAUGUUAGAGAAUCUCGGCAAAACUGUGAUAAUAACCGGUUCUCAAAUACCCAUUUUUGAGACACGCACCGAUGGCAAAGAUAACUUUACCUCGGCUUUAAUAAUUGCUGGCAAUUAUGUUAUACCCGAGGUUUGUGUUUUCUUUGGCAAUAAACUAAUGCGCGGCAAUCGUACUGUGAAAGUAAGCUCCUGUUCUUUGGAUGCUUUCGAUUCGCCAAAUGUUCCUCCUUUAGCUCGUAUUGGCAUUAAUGUGGAUGUUGAUUAUAGAUUAAUCUUUAGACCCUGUAAGAUUUCGAAAUUUUUUGUACACUCUGAAUUGGAUGAAAAUGUGGGCAUUUUGCGCAUAUUUCCCAGUAUUUCUACCUCAACCUUUAGAGCAUUUUUGGCACCACCCAUGAAGGGUGUUGUUUUGCAGUCAUUUGGUUCUGGCAAUGUACCAGAUAAUCGUAAAGAUUUGCUUAAGGAAUUAAAGGAGGCCUCCGAAAGGGGAGUGAUUAUAGUAAAUUGUACGCAGUGUCCUACUGGUUCGGUGUCGGAAAUCUAUGAGACAGGAAAAGUAUUAUUUGAUCUGGGUGUUUUGCCCGGCUUUGAUAUGACCCCCGAGGCGGCCUUGACUAAGUUGUCUUAUGUAUUGGGUAAAAGUGAAUGGCCUUUGGAUAUAAAGAAACAGAUGAUACAAUCAAAUCUAAGAGGAGAACUGACUUCUACUUCAGGACCCAAAAUGGAAGAAUACGAUCUAGUGGAUGCUGUGGCCAGAUCUUUGCAUUUAUCUUCACCCCAAGAACUUAGCCAGCUGGGCGCUACUCUAUUUCCUGCUAUGAUGAACGCCGCUGUUGUAGCCGGAGACUUACAAAAGAUCAAUAACCUAAAAGCUUAUGGCGCUGAUCUAUCGGGUGUGAAUCAAGAUCAUCGCACUGCCUUACAUUUGGCCUGUAUCGAAGGCAACAUUUCAGUGGUUAAACAUCUGCUAUUAAAUGGUGUCUCCGUGCACAUAAGAGAUCGCUAUGAACGCACCCCUCUAAUAGAGGCGAUUACUAAUGAUAAUCAUGAUAUUAUACAAAUGCUUAUAAAUUGUGGUGCUCAUUUAACUGGUUCCUCUAGAGCAGUGGGUGAACAACUAUGUGCCGCUGCAGCCAGAGGUUCUCUAACUCGCCUCAAGUCUUAUCAAUUGGCCGGAGCCGACCUAUCACAACCAGACCCUUCCGGCCGUACAGCACUACAUGUGGCUGCCUUGCAUGGCCAUGAAGAAAUUGUGCAAUAUUUACUUCAAUAUAUGGAUACAAUUAAUGAAACAGAUAUGUUAGGACUCACCGCUUUAGAUUAUGCUCUGAAGGCUGAUCAGCAAGAUGUCGCUGUGAUACUGAAUAAAUUUGCUACACAAUGAGUUGUAAAAUUUGCAGGACAAACAAAAACACACAACAACACUAUUAAUUAAAUACUUUUGCACACACGCAUAUAUUAUAUAAACAAAACACAAACAUUUAAAUUAAUUAAAUUUAAAGAUAUAAUAGGUAUAAAAUAUAUUUUAUUGUAGACAAGAACUUUUUCCUGUUGUCACUUUCCUUUGCUAUAGAAAAAACUACUAUUGAUAACCAAAGUAAAUUAAUAAAGUAGCGACAGUUCUACAACAAAUACAACAUUUACAAAAACCACAAACGAUUUUGUUUUUGGUUUAAGGUCUUUGCUGUCAAAAUCAUAUGAUCUUUGUUUACAAAAAUUUUCUUUGAUAACAACACAAAAAAAUAAUAUUUUAGUAAAAGACAUUUUAUUAGUUUAGUUUAAGAAUAAAUAAAAAUGCAAAUAAAUAAAAAAUGUGUCAGCAAUUUAUUUAAGUUUGACAUACAUUUAAUAGAAAUAUAGUAUUUUUUCUCCAAGAAAUAUGGAAACUACUUCUGGACUUAUUCACUUAUUCUCGGCUGGUCGUUUUGGCUUAUUGUAAACAAUCCAGGUGGAGGGUACAUCCCGUGCAUUUGAUCAUAUUUUCAGG